UCUUCCUCUCUCUCUCUCUCUCUCUCUCUCUCUCUCUCUCUCUCUCCUAAUUUUCAGACUUCACACUUCCCCCUUCUUCCCCAUACUUCUGCUUCACAAGAAGUGUGUGACUGAGUGCGUGUUCUAUGAACAAUUAAUGGUCUGCGUCGAACGAAUGACAGCAUCAUCUUGCUUAGACUCCUCCUCCAACAUCACCACAGGAGACGAACUUAAAACUGUAGUGAAAUUGUUUCAAAACAACACCAGAAAUGAUGGCGAUGUUGAUGAUUUAAAUCGCAACAUAGAAGAAGAAGAAGGUUUCUCAAAGAUGGUGAUCAGAGAGUGUAGAAUAUGUCAAGAAGAAGACGGAGAACACGAAUUGGAAUCUCCUUGUGCCUGUAAUGGCACCCUCAAGUUUGCUCAUAGAAAAUGCAUUCAAAAAUGGUGCAACAAGAAAGGGGAUAUAACCUGUGAGAUAUGCAAUCAGGUUUAUUCACCAAAUUAUGCGCUUCCACCCGCAAGAAUUAAUCCCGAUGUUAUGACUAUUGAUAUCAGACAUGCAUGGGGCCCACAAAUUGACCUCAGGGAUACUCACUUUUUAGCUUUUGCUUCUGAGCACCAGUUUCUCGAACAAGAUUAUGAAGAGUAUGAUGUAUCAAGUAAUUCAAGCAUUGCUUACCUCCGUUUUAUGGCUCUCAUUUUGAUGUUAAUAUUACUUGUACGCCAAGCUUUGUUAAUCACAAGAGACCUGGGAAUGGUGCCGGAGUCAUCCAAAAUCUUUAAAUUUCAGGUUUCUGUUCUUCAGCUGGCGGGGUUUCUUCUUCCAUGUUAUGUGGUUAGCCGUUCAUGGUUGAUGAUUUUAAGGCAAAGAAGAAGGCAGAUAUAAUCAAUGAUGACGCGCAAAGCCUUUUUGUAUAUCAUCCUACUCCAUUGGCAAUGGCCAUGAACUCGAUUGCAGUAUAAAAAAAAAAUACUUGCAACAGUUCUUGAUGCAUUUACAUGCCACUUGUUCAAGAAUCAAAGGGCAAGACGAGUUCAAAUAAAAAAAAAAAAAAAAAAA